UUGUGACGCCAUCUCAUUGCGACGGACAAAAUGCACUUCCGUAAUUAGAGGUUGCGAAAGAAGGGAUCGGCACAGGGAGAAAUGUGUUUAUCUUAGUCAAUAACGCAGUUGAACUUUAUUCCUACAUAUAAACGUCCGUAACCGUGUUCUCAAGAAUACAUAUUUGCACCAUAGUUAUAGUUUUCAGGCUAAUGCUAGCACGCGGAUUUGGGCCCCGUUUAAUCUCCGAGUGGUCUGCAUUGUUUUGGUCAGUGACGUCAAACUAAGAGGCUACGCUAACCCAAGUAAAGCUAUGGCUUCCAGGCGGGCAGGUUAUACGAGCAGCGAGGAUUCUCCUUCGUCAAAUAGUGGCAACCGCAAAGCGAGUAUCAACAACAUUCCUGACAGGCCUGUGGUGGAAUCCUGCUACGAUCGCAAACCAGACAAGGUUGUAUACGGCAGCGUGAGUGUAACAUCGCUGAAAUCCCGCCUUGCACCGACCAUUCAAUCUGCCAUGUCGGCUGCAGUUGAUACUCUCCUGGGCGAAGUGGCGCUUGUGCUCAACGAGACUCAUCAAGAGUUGCUGCACAAGGAACAAGAAAACGAGAGGCUCAAAGUGCGCCUGGAGGUAUCGGAGAGGGAGCUGAAGACGAUGCAGGAUUGUCUGUGCAGUGCUCAGAAGCUCAUAGACCAGCUUCAGAUCUCAUACAGCGGCCCUCAUAACAUCGGUCAGUCGGUUUUCGCUUCAUCUCUGUCCUCCAUGCCGGCAGACGUGAACCGGGACCAUCAAAACUCUCGAAACGGUGGAGCCGGCGUCGACUUGGGUCUCGGUGGUUCCGUGGAUAACUCGCUUCAUGGGUUUGAGCCAAGAGAUGACUACAAGAUGUGCCAGCUGUCUAUUCAACCUGAUGGGUCUGUGACCAACCACGCUCUGGACUCCUUUGCGGCAGACACAUCUCACAUGUGCGCUGACGCCAACAGACCAGAGGCGAGGCCGUCUCAGGGACCAGGCGAAGCGGGCAGCUUUGAGAUCAAAGUGGAGCAGGGACAAGCGCCGAGCUCCAGUCAAAGCAACAGGAAGGACACAGUUGGUGUUGGCGAGCAGUCGUCGCACACCAUGGGCUAUGUUCAAGUUGGGGAUGGGGGAGAUUCCCAGCGUACCUUCACCCAAACUCUGCGCCACCAAAGGCCUGUUCGAGAAUGCAGCAGCGCCCCGCAGCAGCGAAUGACGGACGGGCAAAAGCCACUGGCGAGGACUUCGGGACCCGAACGAGGUCACGGUGUUUCACCGGGUAGAGCGCACGAGUCAGCGGGACCUUCGGGCUCCGACGCGGCCGUCGAGCCUUCCGGAGAUCGCCCUCACCACUGCUUGGAGUGUGGAAAGACAUUCCGUUUGAUUUCCAGCUUGAAGAAGCACAUCCGCAUCCACACGGGAGAGAAGCCGUACCCUUGCAGCGUCUGCGGCCGCUGUUUCCGCGAGUCGGGCGCCCUCAAGACUCACCUGCGGAUCCACACCGGGGAGAAGCCGUACUCGUGCUCCGAAUGCGGCAACUGCUUCCGGCACUUAGACGGCCUGCGCAAACACCGGCGCACGCACACCGGAGAGAAGCCGUACGUGUGCGCAAUCUGCGGCAAGCGCCUGAGCCGCCUGCAGCACCUCAAGCACCACCAGCUCAUCCACACGGGGGAGAGGCCGUGCUGCUGCCCCUUCUGCAACCGAAGCUUCAAGGAGCCCGCCGCGCUGCGCAAGCACAUCCGGACGCACCGCGAGGAGGGCGGCCACGUGGCCAUCGCUUCCACCGCCGACGCCAUCGAUGACAUGAACAACCUUCACCCGGCGGCGCCGUCCCCCCAGAUGAGGUUUGAGGAGUGGGGGGCGGAAGAGGAGGAGAAUGCGGUUGUCGACUGUGUGUAGAGACCUAAUUACUCCGAAAACAUGGGUCUAAAUUGAACAAUGGACAAAGAAUCUGGAAGCUCUGAAGAUUCCGUUUGGCACCACGGGUGUUUUGAAAGACAAAAAAUAAAUAAAUCUUAGCUCAUCUCAAUUGCAACAGAAUAAAAUGUAUUUACAUGCCGAGUCAACCAACAUGGCGAAACCUUUUCCUUCCAUGACACUUUUGAUGUGAUGAUUUGACUUUGAACAAUAGUGAAGUGAGGAAAAGGGGAAUUAUUGGCAGCUGAUUGUGGAGCUACAGUCAAUAAUAAAAAUCAAUCCGUUCGUUUUUCUAUUGCACUUGUCCUCAUUAGGGCCACGGAUGAGCUCGAGCCUCCAUCGUGAAAAGACAGAAAAUGCAAACAUUUUCAAACUUGAGUGUGUGUGAACCUGUUUUUUUUUUUUUUUUCCCCUGGCACUUUCCAAUUUUAUAUUCCUCUGUGUUGUUAAUAGUUAGCAUGAAGUUCAUCCAGCACCACUCGGAGCACACAGUAUUGACUUGAUCUGCUAUGUGACAAAACCUCAAGCGGAUAUUGACCAACGUUUAAAAAAAUAAUAAAUAAAUUUGAAAGUGCCUUGCUUGAUUUAAAAAUGAUCCGUCAGUGCUGCCACUGAAUGUAAUUCUCACGUGGCAGGACUCUGGUCAUCAGCUGCACGUGUUUAUGAAAUUCUGGAAUUAGAUUUGACUGGCAACCAUUUUAAGAAGAGUCAUUCUUAUAUUCUUGUGACUCCAACAACUCUGGUCACGAAUAUGAAGUGAUUUUAAAAAUGUUAAGACUGUAAAGCUAACAGGGUACUUGAGGCAUUAUUUGUUGAUCAUUACUUAUCUUACUGACACCAGCCACAAUAUUAGGCACACAAAAUACAAACAUAUGCCUUAAUCUAGACAAUAAUCCGCUGUGAGCAAAUAUGAAAAAGGAAAAAUGACACAUUGGCCAGCCUAUCUGAUGCACUUUUUGUAAAUAUGGCUGGAAAUGUAACUGUUGUAUCUAUUGAUCGUUCUUGUUGAUGUGCAGUAAAGCGUUUUUUUGUUCAUAUUUAAAACGGAUGUUUCUCCCAGUCGUCUCCCAUAUAAUCUCUUCAACCUUCAAACAAACAGCCCCAAAAAAUAUCGCAAUACUGUACAUCUCCUUGCCCUUUUGCUGUACUAUAUAACAAGCUAAACUAUAAAGCAUUGUAUUAAUCUUAUCUUCAUGAAAGACGCUCCAAAUGUGAAAUGUUUGUCGUUGUAUACGCACAGUGUGGUUUGCCAAGGUAGCUUUGCCUCGAUAAUGCUGUAGGUUUGUUUUUUUUUUCCCCCUCGAACGACAUUAACGGAGGCCUUUGCAUGUAACCUGAAGAUGAAAACAGGAAGUCCCUGUUCAACGUGCAAUGAAUUUUCUAUGCUUCUGUGUUCAAACUGUCAUGUACCCUCGCACCAUAAAUGUCACACUGUACUAAAGGGCCUUGUUUAUAUUUCAACUUUAUUGGACAAACAAUGGAAUCGGUCAAUCUUUUUCA